AGCUCUUUUGGGCGGAUCUGGCGUUAUGGCUGUCUCUGUGGAUAUUGACUAUAGAAGAAGCGGUAGCUUGAAAGGAGGGAUUGCUUGUAGGCCUCAGGAGAGGUAUGGACACUCUGCAGGGACCGUAGGAGGAAAGCUAUACCUCUGGGCCGGAGGAAGCAAGCACGUUCCUCCUGUACACACGAGCGCUGAUAAAGAGCAACUGAUGGCAAAGACAGAAAUAUUCAGCUUAAAGAACGGGAGAUGGGAGAGGCACCACACCAGAGGGUCCUCUCACUGCGGGAUCAGCUACUACGCCAUUGCUGUAGUGGAUGAGAGCAUUUAUUACUUCGGAGGCCAGUGCGGGCACGGGACCUGCUACUACAACACACUCACAAAGCUGGACACAGUAGAGAUGAAAUGGAAGGACGUCCAGACUAACCUGGUGGGGAUCCCUAUGAAGAAGUACAGCUGUGGUAUGGUCUCGUUUCAAUGCGAUGGAGACACUUACCUGUUCUUGUUUGGUGGGAUUGGUGAGGUUGAUGAAUCAGAGCAGGUCCCUGGUGCUACUUAUAUUGUGAGCAGCACUAACCCAAAGAUAUGCAGGACUAAUGAACACCACAUCAUAUCCACCACCACAAAUAAGUGGACCAUUCCUCAAAUUGAAGGUGAUUGUCCACCAGCUUUGAGUGGACUGACACUGACAGCUAUUGGAGGAAAUAGAGCUAUUCUCUUUGGAGGAUAUGAGAGUGGGAAAGGAAAGAGCAAUGCAGUCUAUGUAGCUGAACUAACCAAAGACGUUGUUACCUGGAAAAGGUAUGAUGCCCCUCCUGAUGCCCAAUGGCCUGUUGGGAGGAGCGAUCACUCUGCCACUUUGCUGACUGGUCAUGCAGGAAGACAACCUCAUCCAUUGCUAGUGAUAGGAGGAGGCAUUGAUGUUGCUGGAGGACUGCUAGCUGACUGCUGGAUACUCAACACCUCUGAUAUGACAUGGACUAAAAUUGAUGCUCCAGCCAGUGACAUUGGUAGAACUCUCUUUUCAAUGUCGAUCAUGAACAUUGGUGCACCCUAUGUGUGGCUGAUUCUUUUUGGAGGAGCAACAAAAUGGGAGAAAGGUUUAUCAACAAAAGAUCAAGGGGUCACAGCAAGUACCACUGUUAUUGAACUGGGUUGGAACCAGGAGAGUCAGCAGUGGAGAUACACUUCAACUAUAGCUCUUAAUGAUUAUCAACAAGCAUUGAAAGACAAGCUCUCUGAAAGGAAGAAACUUCCAGCGGAAAAAUAACACAAAACUUUGCCAAACUUAUCCUUAUAUAGCUUAUAUUUAUUUAUGUAAUGUUCAUUAGUAUCCUUUUUAUAAUUAUUAUAAUUACUAAUAAU